AUAUUCAAAAGGGGAAAAAGUUGAAAAAGGUAGUGACACAUGACAGAUCUAAACCCAUAUUAGACGUUGGAAGUAGCUCAGUUACAACUAGUAGUGCUAAAGGCCGCUCUGUGUCUGCUGGCAAUGGUGGUAGUGCCAAUGUGCCCACGCCUGUUGGCCUUGGUGGCUUGUUUGCAGGCGGUGUACCAAAAUUGAAGAGUCGUAAUAAUGCAGUUGAAACUGAUAAAGAAAAUGGUUUAGCCGCACCUCCUCCUUUACCAGGUGGACGUCCAAGGGCUCCGAGUGGUGAUAAUCGCGCAGUUAGCCUAGUUAUUCCUCCUGUUACAUUAAAUAAAAAUACAGUUCCAAAGAAUCUUGUUAAGACCAUAGCAUCUAAU